GGGCACAGUGCUUUCAUUUUCAGAGCAGUUCUGGCAGCGUUGGGAUCAUCACUCUCGGUAGGCCAUGGCCGUUCCUCAGGACUUCCAAACAUUUGUCUUCCUUGAUAUCGAAACCACCGGUUUGCCCCGACACCAGCCUCACAUGGCGGAGCUGUGCCUCUUUGCUGUGCACCGGCGAUCUUUGCUACCCUCUCUGCCGAACGAUGCCCUGACCCCGCAGGAGCAGCUGCCCCGUGUCAUAGACAAGCUCACCCUCUGCAUUAACCCACAGAAACCUUUCACCCCUGGAGCCAAGGUGAUCACUGGGCUGAGCAACCAGAACCUGGAGGAGAACUGCAAGCAGGAUCUCAACAGUGCUGCGGUCGAGGUUCUGCUGGGGUUCCUGCGCCGGCAAGCUGGCCCAAUCUGCUUGGUGGCCCACAAUGGCUUGGGGUUUGAUUUCCCCCUGCUGUGUACGGAGCUUCAGAGAGUGGGCACCAACCUGCCUCCAGACAUGGGCUGCCUGGAUACACUGCUUGCCAUGAGGACAUUAGUUAAAGGCGCACAUGGGGGCUACCAGCUGGGGAAUCUGUACCGGUACUUUUAUGGCCAGGAUCCCAUCCGUGCCCACUCCGCUGAAGGGGAUGUGAUCACUCUUCUCCUGGUGUUUCUUGCUAGAGCUCCUGAGCUGAUCAAAUGGGCAGCCCACAACGCCUGCCCUUGGAAGGAGAUCCAGCCUAUGUACCAGCCCAGUAUAGGCAGGAACUGAAACUUGCGCAAUGUAUGAUGAUGGGAAGAAGCGUGAACGCUUCCUCCAGCCUUUCUGGCAUGUUUAGACUGAAUGCUUUAAUUAUGGGAUUCGAUAUAUACAGCUUUCAUGCAUAUUGUUAGCCCUAGAGUUCGGAAGACUACCUCUCAGCACUGAUAGAUGCAAACUAUUUCAAAAACAAUGUUAGUUGAAGUAACUGUGGUGUAGUGGUUUGAGUGUUGGGAUUAUGACUCUGAUGACCAGGGUUCAAUUCCUUUGGCAAAUCACACUCUCUCAACCCAGAAAACUCCAUAUUUUGCCCGUAUCAGGAUUGCCAUAAGUCGGAAGUGAAUUGACAUAAUGGAGCCUGAUACUACUACUACUACUAAUAAUAAUAAUAAUAAUUUUAAUAAUAAUAAUAAGGUUUGAAGAGAAACAACUGGAAAAGCGUGGUCCCAGUGGUGAUCGGCACACUGGGUGCCGUGCCUCAAGACUUUGACCUGCACUUAAAGCAAUCAGCGCUGACAACAUUACCAUCGGUCAGCUGCAAAAGGCCACUUUACUGGGAUUUGCACACGUUAUUCGCCAAUACAUCUCACAGUCUUAGACACUUGGGAAGUGUCUGACGUGUGAUCCAAUACAACAGCCAGCAGAGUGCCUGCUGUGGACUCAUCUUGUGGUGUUUCAAAUAAUGCAUCACAUAGUCCUAGACACUUGGGAAAUGUCCGAAGUGUGAUCCAAUACAAAGGCCAGCAUAGUGAUCUUGUUUGCUGUGGACUCAUCUUGUUGUGUUUCAAGUAAUAAUAAUAAUAAUUGACUCUGGCCACAAGCCAGUCAGUGUGAUCCCAGUGGUGAUCGGCACACUGGGUGCAGUGCCUAAAGACCUUGGCCUGCACUUAAACACAAUUGACACUGACAAAAUUACCACCUGCCAGCUGCAGAAGGCCACCCUACUGGGAUCUGCCUCAUUAUUCGCCAAUACAUCACACAGUCCUAGACAUUUGGGAAGUGUCCGACGUGUGAUCCUAUACAACAGCCAGCAGAGUGUCUGCUGUGGACUUAUCCUGUUGUGUUUCUAAUAAUAAUAAUAAUAAUAAUAAUAAUAAUAAUAAUAAUAAUAAUACCAUCUGUCCGCUGCAAAAAGGCCACCCUACUCGGAUCUGCACACAUUAUUCGCCAAUACAUCACACAGUCAUAGACACUUGGGAAGUAUCCGACAUGUGAUCCAAUACAACAACCAGCGUAGUGAUCUUGUUUGCUGUGUACUAAUCUUGUUGUGUUUCAAAUAAUAAUAAUAAUAACAAAAACCUUAUUUUUAAUCUUCCCUGUCUCCCCUGGGGACUCUCAAAGGACUAAUUAGUCGGGCCGUUGUAGGUAUUUUUCGGGCUGACCACCUUGA